UUUUGCAAGUGCUGAAAAUUCACUGUUCAUCUGAAAAUCAACAAGAAGCAUCUGAUCUUACAGCGUAUCUGUCAAUGAAAACUCAUCUACCGCCCAAGCAGCCAAUCAUGGACCAGCUCAACGCUCAAGCCACGCCCCUUCAGGCAGGCUCCACCCACCAGCCCCUGGAGCAGUUCCUCCUAUUGGCCAAGUCCACCAAGGGGGCGGCCGUGGUGGCGCUCAUCAAGCAGGUCUUGGAGGCCCCUGGGGUGUAUGUGUUUGGGGAGCUGCUGGAAAUGCCCAACGUCCAGGAGCUGGCCAACGGCCCAAAUGCAUCUUACCUUGCUGCAUUGAACCUCUUUGCCUAUGGAACAUAUCAAGAAUACAACGAGAAUACCAACCAGUUUCCAGAUCUGUCCCCCGUCGCUCUCACCAAGUUGAGACAUCUAACGGUGGUGACGUUAGCUGCCAAAUCCAAGCACAUCCCCUACCCUGUGUUUGCUCAAGAGCUAGACAUGAAGAACCUGCGAGAACUUGAGGACUUAAUCAUAGAGACCAUCUAUGCUGACGUGAUACGCGGCAAGCUGGAUCAGAAGAACCAAGAAUUGGAGAUAGACUACGCCAUCGGCAGGGACACUAAGCCUGAGGUGGUGGCGGACAUAGUCAAUGUCUUACAGGAAUGGUGCGACGGUUGCGAAGCAGUACUGGGCAACAUCGAGGAUCAGAUCCUACGAGCCAACAAGCACAGGGAACACUGCGUCAAGACAAAACAACAGAUUGAACAAGAGGUUGCAAGUAUCAAGAAGGCCAUCAAGGCCUCAUCGUCGUCAACCUCGCAAGACGUGGAAGAGCAACACAUGGCAGCCGACACACGGGAAAUGGAGGUACAAGCGACGAAGCCGGUCAAGAAGUCAUCCAAAAUUAAAGGGUUAAGGGGAAGUGGAAAGCUCUGGACGAAGUCAAACUGAGACUGUAUUUACUUUAGUCCUGUAAAAAA